CCGGUGACGUGCACACGCUGGAUCGCUUUGUUAUUCAUUCUCGCCCUGCGUCCGUUUCUUCCUUUUUGUUAUCGCGCUUGUUUCGGCCGCGCAUCGCCCCGAGCCCCGGACCCGGCGAUCGGACCAUCGCGUGUGGAGGAUGUUCUGUUGCGCAUCGUCGGCGACGCACGGAUCCAUCAGCUGCUCUGAGCUUUAAGGAUAAGAUUCUUAUUUAAUUACGUAACCAGGCGACUCCUGACGUCUCCCCGGUACGUUUGCUCUCCUUCAAGCCUCUCGGUGUUUUCUGUCGCAGUGAGAUCAUUCCCGUCCGCGUUCAUGCCAGAUCUGCAGCGCUUCAGUUUUCCAUACCAUAGCAUGAAUCCUUUGUUGGGGGGCAACGCGCAUCUCCAACAACACUCGCCCCAGAUCCAGUCGCCCGGACACCCGGAUUCUCCCUCAGGCCUCCUGCCCGACUCCGUCUUCGGACCCGGAGCGUCUUUCCUGCUGGGUGAGCAGGCCGGUCCGGGCCUCGAUCAGCCGGGCCCUGACUUCACCGCACCCUCACAGACCUCCCCUUACUUCCACCACAACCACAGCAGCCUCUACCAGCACCGCGCUGCGCCGCACCCCCCCGCAGCCAUGGCCCUCAGAAACGACCUGGGCUCCAACAUCAGCGUCCUGAAGACCCUCAACCUGAGGUUCCGGUGCUUCCUGGCCAAAGUGCACGAGUUGGAGCGCAGGAACAAGAUCUUGGAGAAGCAGCUGCAACAGGCGCUGGAUGUCAACAAGGGCUGUCAGGGGGGGUGCUGUGAGAGCAGGGCGCACACCCAGGAGGCCGGUGUCCAGACUGGAUUUGUUGGUACCCUGCCGCUCAGGCCGGGUUCCCUCCCCUUCCACAACACCAACAACUCGGCCAGGAGGCCCACAACACUGUUCACACCACCUCACGCAUCAGCCGCUGAAAGCACCAGUUCAACCCAGACAAACACCAGUAACCCGGUCAUCACCAUCAGCCAGUCCUCCCCCUGUGUGGACUCCCCUGGCUACAGCUCCAGGGGCGUCCCAGGCCCAGGCAGCUCCGCCAAUCCCCCCCCACGGUUCCUUCCUGGCACCAUCUGGUCCUACAACCACCCUCGCAAGUUUGGCCCCGGUGCCGAGCGUGUGACCAGCCCUGGGGUGUCCUGGGUGCAACCGGACGGAGUCGGGGUCCAGAUCGACACCAUCACCCCUGAGAUAAGGGCCCUGUAUAACGUCCUGGCCAAAGUGAAGCGGGAGAGAGACGAGUACAAGCGCAGAUGGGAAGAAGAAUACACCAUGAGGAUGGAUCUGCAGCAGAAGAUUGCCGACCUUCAAGAGGACCUGCAGGAGAGUGAAGGCUGCCAGGAUGAACUGGCUCUCAGAGUUCAGCAGCUGAAGGCAGAGCUGGUUCUCUUCAAAGGUCUCAUGAGCAAUAACCUGUCCGACCUGGACAGUAAGAUCCAGGAGAAAGCCAUGAAGGUGGACAUGGACAUCUGCCGCAGGAUCGAUAUCACCGCUCGUCUCUGUGACGUAGCUCAGCAGAGGAACUGUGAAGAUGUGAUCCAGAUGUACCAGGUUCCCAACAGCCAAUCGGCCUUAAACUUCCGCCGGAAACACACGCCUCUGUCGUUUAACGGGAGCGAGUGCGAGGAACCCGCGAGCGCCACCGAUACCGAGGGGGGCGUGGUCAAAGACGAGGAGCAUUGUGGCUCAUCGGCCAAUCAGAUCAACGAGGAGAUGCAGAGGAUGCUGAACCAACUGCGUGAAUGUGAGUUUGAGGAUGACUGUGACAGUCUGGCCUGGGAGGAGACUGAGGAGACACUGCUUCUUUGGGAGGACUUCCCAGGAUGCACUCUGCCUCCUGACCCCGCCCACCCACCAGGAGAGCAGGAGGACACUCUGGAAAAGGUGAUUAACGACACAGAGUGUCUGUUUAAGACGCGAGAGAAGGAAUACCAAGAGACAAUCGACCAGAUUGAGCUGGAGCUGGCCACAGCAAAGAGCGACAUGAACCGUCACCUGCAUGAGUACAUGGACAUGUGCUCGAUGAAGAGAGGCCUGGACGUUCAGAUGGAGACGUGCAGGAGACUCAUCACACAGAGUGGAGACAGUGCUGCAUGAAAAGAAGAACUGAACUUUGUUUGGCGUCUCUCCAUUGUCCUCAUGUGUUUGUGUCCCUCCCAGUAGCCCUGUGGCUCCUGUGUCCUCUGACGAGAGCGACCACAGGGAGAGCGACAAGUCCUC